ACCACCAACUACUAACUCAGCUUCUUGUUUCCCUUCUCUCUCAGAUUCACGAGACUUGAUUCCCUUAAAACCCCUUAAAUCUGUACCAUACAAACAAAACAUUUCAACAUCAUUAUCAUUAUUCCAACCACAAUAACACCCUUUUAUUUUCCUUUGUCCUAAACUGCUUCAUUAUUCCAACAAAGUCAUGCCUGUCCCUAAAUAUUCUACUGCUUGUUCCUUCUUCUCAUCUCAAUUCACUUGUUUGUUUGUUUUCUUCAUCAUUGUAGCUGGAACUACUACACCAUGCUUAGCCAAAAUUAUUACCAACAACACCACCCGCCGCCAUCGUCAGGUCUCAGUUGAUUACUAUGCAAGAACUUGUCCCAAUGUAGAACAGCUUGUAGGGUCAGUCACCAACCAACAAUUCAAAGAAUCACCUGUUUCUGGACCUGCCACCAUUAACCUCUUCUUCCAUGAUUGUUUUGUAGAAGGGUGUGAUGGAUCUAUUCUAAUAGCAUCAAAGCAAGGAAGCAAAGAAUUGGCAGAGAAAGAUGCAGAGGUUAAUAGAGAAUUGAGAGUGGAAGGUUUUGAGACCGUGAUGAAGGCUAAGGAAGCAGUGGAGAGAAAAUGUCCUGGUGUAGUUUCAUGUGCAGACAUUCUUGCAAUUGCUGCAAGAGAUUAUGUGCACUUGGCAGGGGGACCAUACUACCAAGUGAAGAAGGGAAGAUGGGAUGGGAGGAUAUCAAUGGCAUCAAGGGUGGAACCCAACAUCCCUCAUGCAAACUACACCGUUGAUCAGCUCAUCAAGCUCUUCAACUCAAAAGGCUUAACCAUACAAGACAUGGUUGCUCUCUCUGGUGCCCACUCAAUAGGUUUUGCACACUGCAAGCACUUUGUGAAAAGGCUAUACAAUUACAAGGGCAACGGUCAACCAGACCCAAACGUUGACCCCAAACUCCUCAAUGCACUGAGAAUGUAUUGCCCUAACUAUGGUGGAAACUUGGACAUUGUUGCCCCAUUUGAUGCAACUACACCAUUUGUAUUUGACCAAGCAUAUUAUGGUAACUUGCAGAAGAAGAUGGGGUUGUUAGCUUCCGACCAGGCUUUGGUUUUGGACCCAAGAACCAAGCCUUUGGUUCAGGAGUUUGCAAAUGAUAAGAACAAGUUUUUUCAAGCUUUUGCAGCUGCCAUGGAUAGACUGAGUUUGGUGGGAGUGAAGAGAGGGAAAAAGCAUGGAGAGAAGAGAAGAGACUGCAGCAUGCAUGCAUGAAGAUUGGGAGAUGGGACUGACACAAUUCUUGCAUUCAUAACUGGACAAGUGACUUCAAUGUAUCUUUUAUUAAGUUCAUGUUUAAGUAAUUCAUUGUUUGUGUGCAGUUAUGUAUGCAAUAGUUGGGAUGACAUUAUUAUUUGUAACUUCGUGUCUUGGUGGAUUCAACUUAAUUACUUUGGAGAA